AUGGCAGCACCUGAGCCCCUCCCCAAGUACAUCUACAAAAUCUUGCCCUCCCCUCCGCAAGAUCCUCUCCCCCAGGAGUUCCCCCUCUCCCAACUCGAUGCAAACGACGGCUUUGUUCAUCUAAGCACAGCUACGCAGGUCCCGAACACGGCCGAUUUGUUCUUCACGGAUGCCACCCAGCUGUGGCUCGUCAAGCUCGAGCUGGCAAAGCUGGCCGAUCCGCUCAAGUGGGAAUCUGGGUUCCCGCACCUGUACGGCAACUUUGGCGCUGCCGAUGUCCAGGGUCUGGAGAAGUUUGAGCGAAAAGAGGGGCAGAAGUGGUCGGAAAGCAUGCAAACUUCGACAUGGCUGGAGUAG